ACAAAGCAAACCUACAUAUCACGAACCUUCCUCCCAAUCAAGACUCUCUCUUUCUCCACCCCCAAUAUAAAAUAUUAAUUUUAAGAUAAAUAAUUACAUAAUUACAAUAAGAGAAUCAUCAAACCAAACCUACGUAGUUGUUUUAUUAUUGAUUGGAUUGGAUUGGAUUGGAUUGGAUGGCUGCAUCUGGAUCUCCAUCAAAAGGAUUUGAUUUUGCAUCGGAUGAUAUCCUCUGUUCAUACGAAGAUUACACUAAUAAUAAUCAACAACAACACGAUACUCCUAACGGCUCUGAUUCUGCUCCCACACUCUCCACUAAUUCUAAAGAAUUUCACAAAAACAGAAUGGCAAGAACAUCGGUGUUCCCAACUUCAUCAUACAGUCCACCAGAUGAAUCUGGUAGUCAAGAAGUGAUCAUCUUGGCUGUUGAAAGGUCGAUGAAGAAAUACACCGAUAAUCUUAUGCGUUUUCUUGAAGGGCUUAGCUCUCGUUUAUCUCAAUUGGAGUUAUAUUGCUACAAUCUUGAUAAAUCAAUUGGAGAAAUGCGUUCUGAUUUGACUCGUGACCAUGAAGAGUCGGACGCAAAACUCAAGUUUCUAGAGAAGCAUGUUCAAGAGGUACACAGAUCAGUACAGAUUUUGCGAGAUAAACAGGAACUUGCUGAUACCCAAAAGGAAUUGGCCAAACUUCAACUCGCACAGAAAGAGUCAUCUUCUAGUCAUAACUCCCAGCAAAACGAGGAUCGAUCUUCAACACCUGAUAACAAAAAGAAUGAUAAUGCAGCUGACUCUCAUGGUCAGCAACUGGCUCUUGUUUUGCCUAGCCAGGUUGCUGCACCACCUGCCGCACCCCUGCCGCAAAGGGUGGCACAGCCAAUGAGUCAGCCACAGGGGUACUAUAUGCCUCCUCCUGGCCCCACCCAGCUUAAUCAGAGUCAGUAUCCACAGUCUCAAGUGCCACCCGGUCAACCACAGCUGCAGCAACAACCGCCUCAAAUUCAGUCGAUGCCCCCAUAUCAGCAGCAGUGGGCCCAGCAGAUGCAACCACAGCCAUCAAUGCAACCUGGGUCUAGACCAUCGUCUCCUCAAGUUUACCCUCAGUACCCUGAACCACUCCCAAACAGUAUGCCAAUGCAAAUGCCUUACUCUGCCACUCCACCUGGCGCUAGCCAACCAUUGAGUUACACGUAUGGUGCACCUGCACGAACUGCUCAGCCUCAACCACCGUCACAGCAACCACCACAUCAUGUCAAGCCCGCUUUUGGAGGACAACCUGGUGAUGGUUAUCCCCCUCAGUCUCAACCACCGCCACAACAUCCACCACAACAUCUUAAGCCCACCUUUGGAGGACAACCCGGUGAUGGUUAUGCUGCUCAAGCUCAACCACCUCCACAGCAACCACCACAGCAUAUGAAGCCCACAUUUGGAGGACAGCCAGGUGAUGGGUAUGGUGCCAGUGGGCAGCCACAAGGGAAUGCAUAUAUGAUGUAUGAUAAUCAAUCAGGCCACUACACGCAAGGCAGUUAUCCUCCAAAUGCUCAGCAAACUGGUGGCGGCGGUGGUACUGGGAUGAUGUCUCGUCCAGCGCAGCAGCUUAUGAGGAAUCAUCCCUACAAUGAGCUGAUUGAUAAAUUGGUGAGCAUGGGAUAUAGGGGUGAUCAUGUUAUGAGUGUAAUUCAGAGGCUAGAUGAGACUGGACAGACUGUUGAUUUCAAUGCGGUGCUCGAUAGGCUGAAUGGACAUCCGCCUGGAGGAUCUCAGAGAGGAUGGUCCGGAUAGAACUUGUACACCCCGUCGUCUUUCUUGCAAUUUUCAUGACUUUGUUGUUUGUGUCUUUGACUUUCGUAUCUAUACUUGAAAUAAACUCGAAUAUUUGUCAUGGUGAUGCACAUAUAGAUGGAGAGAGAUAUUUUUAGUUUGUAAUCUCUCUGUCACAGCCGUUAUGUUUGUGGUAUGUACCCGCUUCAGUAAUUUGCUAUAGAGAACUGCAGUUUCGUC